CAGCCGCCCUGGGUCGGACGGCUGUCUGCGACGAGUAUAAAAGACGUGCCUCGCAGUCCCUGCCCAGAACGCCUCUCCUCUCGUCGGCGUCCAGGGCUGGAAUUCACAAUGGCGCGCCUCGUACUGUGUGUGUUGGCGAUGCUGGUGGCCGGCAUCUCCGCCAAGAAGAAACUCACCCACUCCCCGGUAUUCUCAUGGGACACAGACCCCAUCUGCGGCGUGGAGGAAAGCCCUUUUGACUGCCACCUGAAGAAGGUCCAGUGCGGGGCCAUCACCAAGAUGUUAGAGCCAAGUGGAGGUUACAUCAAGAACUACGUCAUCUGUGCCAAGUCAGCAGCCAGCGAACUGGGCCCCGCUUUCUUAAAAAACUUAGGAGUAACUUACACAAACUCCACAGACGACAAGCACGUUCCUCCGACCAUUAUUGGCGUCCGCCGCUGCGCACUUGAGUCGACGGGACUGCUGAAUACUGACGAGACCCUCAACCGCACCCUUAUCGCCGCUUCCGUCACCCACUCCUUCAAAAACUCUCCCUUGAGCGUCGUCGUAGCCCAGGCCGCCGCCACCUGCCCCGAGCCGGUCGAAUUCAUGAUGGCAGACUACAUGCACUGCCUCAAGGAAGCCUGCCUCCAGAACGUAGUUGCUUUCACCACAACGGUAGCCGCGCCCACGACGACGGAGACCACAACUCACCUGCCCACAAGUUCCCUGUAUGUGCCCGACGUCUGAGCACAACAGAAAACGGGAAUUUCUCACUCAGCGUCCAUGUAAUAGAAGUAAAGAUGACCGGAUUUAUUUUAGGAACCCUGUUGUUGUUUUACGAUACAGUAAUAUGUAACGUCUGAUGUACUAUUC